AUGAAUCACUUAGCAGAUUUGUUACCAAAGUUGUUCCCAGAUUCUCAGAUAGCCAAAGAUAUUAGAUUAAAAAGAACUAAAGUUCAAGCUGUGAUAAAUAACUGUAUUGGGGAAACUGAAAAAGAAAACUUGAUCAGUGACUUGAAAUCACAAAUGUUUUCAAUUUUGAUAGACGAAAGCACAGAUAUUGCUGUAGUAAAAACAGUAGCUGUAGUGGUCAGGUAUUUUGAUCCAAUGAUUGGUAAAGUUAUCACUCGGUUUUGGAAUUUGAUUCAAUUAUUUGAUGAGAAAACCACCGAUCAUGUUGCAAAUGCCGAAAAACUUUUUAAUACUGUUAUAGGUUCAUUUCAAAAGUAUGAGAUUCCUACGGAAAACAUCAUAGGUUUCGGCUCUGAUGGAUGCAACACAAUGAUGGGAUGUAACAAUUCAGUUUCAAGUCGAUUUCGUCAACGUUGUCCAGGCAUAAUUGUGAUCAAAUGCAUUUGCCAUUCUCUGCAUCUUUGCGCUAGUGACGCAUGUAAAGAGCUUCCACUAAAUUGUGAAAAAAUGGCGCGAAAUAUUUAUAAUUAUUUUAAAUCCAGUAGUAAAAGGCAGAGUGAGUUGAAAGAGUUCCAGUAUUUUGCUGAGGCGGAUGUGCACAAAAUUCUAAGACCAGCCCAGACUAGAUGGUUGUCUUUAAAUGCAGUAGUGCAAAGGAUUCUGGAACAAUGGGAUGUAUUACGUCUUUAUUUCAAUAGCAAAUGGCUGGAAGAAUCGGAGUGCCACGAUAUUCAUGCAUGCCUGAAUGAUCCCAUAAUCAAGGCUUAUUACUAUUUUUUGGCUUGGAUGUUGCCAAAAUUUACAACAUUAAAUAGCUGUUUUCAGAGCGAAUCUAUUUUAAUUACGAAACUACAUGGGAAAAUGACAGCUUUUUAUAAAGAACUGUUACUAUUGGUUUUACACAGAAAUUAUGUAAAUUCCGCUCCUAUUGAAACUAUAGAUCCAAUGACAGAAAUAAAUCACAAGGACCUAAAAGACAUAUAUCUAGGUUUAGGUGUCCAGAAAGAACUAGAUUCUGUUGAAAAUGAAGAAAGAAAGUUAACUCUCAGAAAGAUGUGUAAAAAUUUUAUUAUUAGAGCUUGUGUGGGCCUUCGUAAACGAUACUGUUUUAAUGAAAAAAUUAUGACAGAAAUAGCAAAAUUUGAUCUAGAGAAAGUAAUUUCUGAUGACAGGGAAGAGUCAGUUUCGUCGUUAUUUCCAUUACUGCCCAGAAUUGCCCCAACUUCAAUCCAACAUCAACAAGAACUAGAUGAUGAGUGGCGGAAGUUGCCGUUAUACUACAAAGAUUUGGAUUUAAGUCAACCCCCUGACGUAUUUUGGCACCAGGUAAGUUUCCAUGUAAACUCGAAGCAACGUGAAUUCAUAUUGGUUUCUAUUGUUAUAGCAGCCUAA